AUCUGGUCAUACCCAAUCCGCACCGUGACUGCCGACUCUGCCAAGCGCCCUGUUUCUUACAUACGGGACCAUGGCUAGCGCAUCCCCCAGCAAGCGCACAUUGACGAUCGAAGCGUACACGGAUGCGCACGCGCCUAAUGUGGUGCAUAGCUCGACUCCCGCGGACCUCGCGCUUGCGCUCCGGAACCUUGGAUCUCGCGUCAGGAAAAGUAGAGGUCCAUGCAAUGUGUCCCUGCCUCCAUUGACGCGUCGUAGGCGUCACGGAGGGCUACAGAAAUGCGAGCCACACGUCGAGUGCUCCCUCCUCGCCAUCAAACCCGUUCAAUACCCGGACAGACAUUUUCACGUCAUCCAACGACAUUAUACGAAAUACCUUCAUCUCUCCACGCCCACCUGUCUCACCGCGGAAGAGGGGACGCGUCGAAGAGGAUGGUGAUGAUGCCUCGGAAGAGGAGGACAGGGACCCAGAACCCGUUACAGCCGUCGCGAACGACGAUUUUUGGAACCCCAGACCUAUUAAGGCCAAGCCGAGACGAAAAUUUUUGCAGACGAAGUCGUUGCCUACUGAUAUUUUUGGCUCGUCUGCUCACUCAACUGAGGAAGCUGAUUGGAGCAUGGACACGUCGCAGCCGCCUGAUUCUAACCUAAUGGACUUGUAAGCUGUAAAGCUUGUAUCUUAAAGGUGCUUGUAUUGUCCAUACGAUGUACGUUUGCACCCAAUCUGCAUGGUUUUGUUGUACUUCUGAAA